GUCAUUCAUUUUGUUGACAUCUCCAUGUGAGAAAGGCUAUAGGCAGGCAGAUGAGCGACGGGUAAACUCGUACACCAUAUGUAACUCCCUUCCAUUUUUAGCCAAGAAUUUUGUUUCUAUACGACACACACACUCAUUACAUUCUUCUAUAAUCUAUUUACUUGAUUUCCUUACCUUCUUCUCCCCUUGCGAUUUCAAGGAGGAGGAUCGACCUCCAUUAACCAUCUUCAACAAUGAGUUCGGUGACUCUUUCCCCAGCUUCAACUACAUCACCCGGACACCCAUCCGUUUUCUACCGGAACAGAACCAGGUCGACCAAAACCAUUCACCCUAAAUGUCGGACAAGAUUCAGGGCGAAACCCCUACGUGCAGCGCUGGUUGAGGAAGCUAGACCUCGCGCUUUGCCUCCGGUUAGAGGUAAUAACAAUAUUAAUGGUGUCGUCUCUUCCAUAGUGCCGGCUUCCAAGAGUAGAGAAGAUGAUAUUCAAGCCGAAGCCAAAGCUUUGGCUCGUGCCUCCAACGCUUCCGUCUAUAGUCCUGAACUUCUUAAAUUAAAUUACGCUUCUCGUCCCUUCAAGGUGCUGCGAAGGACUCUUCAGAUUCUAGUUGGACUCGGUUCGUUUGGAUUGAAACUCUGGAUAGAUCAGUUGCAAGGUCAGCUUGUACAGAACAGAAGAUCGCGAGCUGUCGAAUUGAGGGAGACUUUCACGAGGUUAGGUCCUACUUUCGUUAAACUUGGUCAGGGUCUCUCCACCAGACCAGAUCUUUGUCCACCUGAAUUCCUUGAAGAACUCUCUGAACUCCAGGAUGCUUUGCCAACAUUCCCAGAUGCAGAGGCAUUUGCUUGCAUUGAAAAAGAGCUCGGAGUCCCACUUGAUUCCAUUUACUCAUCCAUAUCAACAUCUCCUAUUGCUGCAGCCAGUCUAGGUCAAGUUUAUAAAGCUAAACUCAAGUAUUCUGGGCAACUUGUUGCUGUGAAAGUACAGAGGCCUGGUAUUGAAGAAGCCAUUGGGCUAGACUUUUACCUCAUCAGAGGUCUUGGUUUGCUUAUAAACAAAUACGCAGACAUAAUAACCAGUGAUGUUGUUGCUUUAAUCGACGAAUUCGCACGAAGAGUCUAUCAAGAACUCAACUAUGUACAGGAGGGGCAAAAUGCUAGAAGAUUCAAGAAGCUAUAUGCUGACAAAGAAGAUGUUUUUGUUCCAGACAUCUUCUGGGAUUACACCAGUGGGAAAGUCCUAACCAUGGAAUGGGUUGAAGGAGUGAAACUCAACGAACAAGCAAUCAUCGAAGACCCCCACCCUGGUAAUCUUUUAGCAACCCCAGAAGGAAAACUUGCUUUUCUUGAUUUUGGAAUGAUGAGUGAGACACCUGAAGAAGCAAGAUUUGCAAUCAUUGGUCAUGUUGUUCAUAUGGUUAAUCGCGAUUAUGAAGCCAUGGCUCGUGAUUAUUAUGCUUUGGAUUUUUUAUCUCCUGAUGUUGAUGUCACCCCGAUUGUUCCAGCACUUAGAAACUUUUUUGAUGAUGCAUUGAAUUCUACAGUUCUAGCAGCUUCAUAUCCUUAUUUUGCAAAAAGGCUGCUCACAGAUCCGAAUCCAUAUCUAAGAGAUGCCCUUAUCGAGUUGCUAUUCAAGGAUGGAAAGUUGAGGUGGAAUAGGCUUGAGAACCUGUUAGUGCAGGGGAAAAUGGAUAGGGAUUUUGCAGCAAAAGAUGCAUUGCAGCCUGUUUUGAAACUGGUGUUGGGUCCCGAUGGGGAGGAGUUGAGGAGUUUGGUUAUUAAAGAAGCUAUUCGGGUGACUGAGGCGAUUACUAUCGGAACUGUAAUUGACACCUACAAUUCCAUUCCGGGGCCUUUGAGGAGUUUUCUCCCGAAUGGGAAUGGAAUUGGGACAACGGGUCUCAGUGAGGUGGAAAUGGAAAGCAUGUUGGAGCUGAGAGAACAAGUUUUGAGGAUUUGGGGGCUUUUACGCGCAUCCGAUAAUUUUGAUCCUAGUGUCCUACAGCCAGUUAUACAGGUUCUUCAAGAACCAGAGGCUAGAAAUCUUGGAGGGCGUGUAUUUGGGGGGAUUACACAGCGGCUUGCUGCACGUCUUUUGCAACAAGUUCUUCGUUCCCCAACACCAACAACAACACUUCGUGCACCGACUUUAUAGCACCACAUUCUUUCAAUGUGUAUAAUUGUUAUAAUAAUAGAAAAAAUAACUAAAUACACACUUCAUUUUCAUUGUUUGUAAAUUUGGAUAUUUAUGCCUCUUUUGUACACAAACAAGUUGUCCCUCAUAUUUACUCUAAUACAAAACCAAUCAAAUCAUUCAACCUACA